CAUUAAGUUUUCAUUCUUAAAGAGUUUCAGUCGGUGUUGGGUUGUGAUCUUUUCCCCCUUAAAAGGUGAUAAGAAGUGUAUUAAAGUGUUUAAUUAAUAGAUUAAAAGUGAUCUUAGCAUUGGAUUAUGAGUUUGGUUCAUAAUAAUAUUGUCUAAAUGGCCAAUUAAAAUUUUGUUUGCCUUAAUGAAAAGGGUGCUCCGCGGGACAAGUAAAAAUGUAUGUAGAUAAGUACAUAUGUAGAAAUGUACGCAUAAAAAUAAAAUGUGAUUCGGAAAUGAUUUUUGCGGAAGAAAGAAGAUUUCUGCUUAAACGACUAAGAGAAUGUACGUAUUUGUUUCAAAUCGGUUAACACAUUUACCUUCAAAUUUAUUAUUAGCCCAAUCACUUGCUACACAGCAAUGGCAGACAGCGCUUUAAACUUUGUUUUAAGAAAUUAAUUUUCUUGUCUUUCGUAAAAUCGCAAUGAAAUUUGCGGGAACCCGAAUGCGAAUCAUUAUUCGGGACUUAAAAUGGCAUUUAUCACAUCGACAAACUCCUGCUCGACUGGCGGUCCCAUUACUUAUCCGAGGACCCUCCUCCUGCGACUCUGAAACGGAAUCACAGACAACUUGAACUUCAAGGAAAUUUUGUACUGGAAAAUAUUUACUAGGCCAAAUAUAUUUUGUAGGAAAACUAAUUGAUAAGACUAUUCUCCGAAACAUCUGUGACAAAUACCGUUCUUUCUCUUUUUUAUGGGUUACUUCUAUCUCAUUCUAUCUGAUUAUUAGACUAAUGGAGCAUACUUGCUCAUCGAUGUUCCCGACCUAAGUGUCAGUUUUAUUUUGGUGGCCACCUUGUCUUAUCUUUGCCUCAGCUCUUUGGCGAUAAGAGUUCUAUCGUUUGGCUGUGCAUCCGAAUCCAAUAGUCAGUGUCGAAAUGGCCGGCGAAUAUAUCACAUUGGAGAACCCGUUGACAUAUCCGGGUUACGGUUCCAAUGGUUCUGAAAACGGAAAACAUCGUCCAGCCCAGAGAUUCUCCAACAGUUACCUGAUCCUAUUGAUCUUUCUGGUGGGCAGUCUCUUAAUAAUCCUCUACGCCUAUUGGGAUGUAAUGAUGAUCACCGCCGUUUCCAUGCCAUUGGCCAAGCGCUUGGAUUCCAAUGAUACAAGGCUGAUGGACGGAACGCUGGCGGAGAAGCUUUACAGGGAGGUGAGGAUCCUGUGCUGGGUACUCACCACACCGAAGUAUCACAAAACUAGAGCCGUCCAUGUGAUGCGAACGUGGGGCAAACGCUGUAAUAAGAUCUACUUCAUGACCUCGGAACGUGAUGAUGAGCUGCCCACCGUCGUGCUGACCAAGCCGGACACUUAUGAGUUUCUAUGGGGCAAGACCAAGGAGGCAUUUACUUACAUUCAUGACCAGAUGCGAGAUGAGGCCGAUUGGUUUAUCAAAGCUGAUGACGACACCUACGUCUUCCUGGAAAACCUCCGCUAUAUGUUGUAUCCUUACUCCCCGGAAAUACCAAUUUAUUUUGGUUUUAAUUACAAAAUGAUUGGCAAUGGCCAUCACAAGAAUGAGUCGUAUAUGUCUGGUGGCAGUGGCUAUGUCCUAAGCCGCGAAGCUCUAAGGAUCUUUGCCGAAGGUCAUAACGACACCACAAAAUGCCGCCAGGAAGACGAUAGAUCUGAGGAUUUGGAGAUGGGCAAGUGCCUGGUUAAUCUUGGCGUUAAGGCUGGGGAUUCUCGCGAUGAGCAGCUGCGAAACCGCUUCUAUCCCAUAGCCCCAUUCGGAGCACUUCUCUCGGGCAAUGUCGGCAUGGAUUUUUGGCUCUACAAAUACGCUUACUAUAAUGCGAGAUCGUGCAUGGACUGCCUGUCGGAGUACCCGGUGGCCUUUCACUAUGUGAACAGCAAACAGCUGUACGUGUACGACUACUUCAACUACCAAUUCCAGUUAGCCGGACGGCAGCAGGUGCCGGAGCGACUGCCGAAAAAGAUCAGGGAAGAGGACCUGGUCAUACCCGAGAGCGACAAUACGAUAUCUUAAGCAGGCGCUAGACCUUUGACCCUGCUCUACGCAAGCAAACAAUCUCUAUCCUUUUUUUUUUUUUUUGUAUGUGUAUAUAUGUACAUAUGUCUGCUUAUCGUAUAUUUAAUAUAUUAUGGGUAUAAUACGGACGUGCCAAGGCUGGCAGAUGCUGUCCUGUCCUACGACUCCAUCUCGUCUUAGUUUAUAUAUUCAUGUAUUUAUUAUUGAGCAGCUCGUGGCAGGCGGGCUAAAGAAAGAAGUUCAAAAGGA